CCCCUUUCCCCUUUCAAGUCCUUUACAAUACUAAAUCAUCGCUCUCUGUUUUUCAACUGUGCAAAAAAUGCAGGCUAGUGAUAGGUUCAAUAUCAACUCCCAGCUUGAGCACUUGCAAGCUAAAUACGUUGGAACAGGACAUGCCGACUUGACUCGAUUUGAGUGGGCAGUGAACAUUCAGCGUGACAGUUACGCAUCUUAUGUUGGACACUACCCAAUGUUGGCGUAUUUUGCCAUUGCAGAAAAUGAAUCAAUUGGAAGAGAGCGCUACAAUUUUAUGCAGAAAAUGCUUUUGCCUUGUGGUCUUCCACCUGAAAGGGAAGACGAUUAAGAGUUGCAACGGAUAGCACCCUUUUAGACUCAGACCUCUGUCAAGCCUAAACCUUGCUGCUUUAAUCUCCAGUUCAGAACAUGUAAGGUUGAUUUGAUAUGAAAGAUUUGACUUGUAUUAAUCUGAGUGAUCUAGCGAAAGCACAUUUUGAGUUGUUUUAUCAUGUUCAACUAACAUAUAUAUACAUUUCAUGUUCAUUA